AUGAUACGUCUUCUAUUGAUUGCAUUUUUGGCAACAUCUUCCUUUGCUCGUGAUAUUCCAUCAAAUGAAGGUCCUUGUGUGAUACCCGGUAAAUUUGGACUUUUUACUCAUUCAAAAAUAUUUUUCGAAUGUUCUCGCAAUUCUGCUGGUCGAUUAACGGUUUUAUAUUUUGAGUGUGAAAAUGGUCAAGUUUUCAGUAAUUCAUUACAAAAAUGUAUUGGUAAAUCACGUGCUGGUGGAAAUAAUGAUGAAGUAGAAAUUACAACUGUGUUAGAAGAAAAACCAACUAUUCCAACAUUACCAAGUGUAGGUGUAGAAUUGACAACUGUUCCAAUCGAAAGUGCCAGUACUGAUACUCCUGUAGUUUCAACUGAAGCACCUGUUGUUAGCACGGAAGAACCAAACACAACUGAAGAACAACCAAUUGUUUCAACAGAAGUUCCAGUAUCAACUGAAGAAUCCAAUACAACUGAUAAACCAGUUUCUUCAACAGAACAAUCAGUAUCUAGCUCUUCAUCUUCAGAUUUUACUACAUCUGAUGCAGAGUCAAGUACUAUUGAAGUAUCAGAUGCUUCUACAUCCAUUCCAGAAUCAACUGAAGGAGUUUCAGAUAUAACCGAAGGAGAUUACACAACUGAAGAUAUCACUGAUUCUACUAUUGAGCAAGAAAAUUCAACUGUUGAUGUUUCAGACUCAACUUUUGAGCCAGAAAGUUCAACAACUGAUGCUGAAGAAAUUAGUUCUACCACUGAAGUUAUUGAAUCUUCAGAUUCGACAACUAUUCUUGAAGAUGUAUCUAGUUCUUCUGUUGAACAAGAAACUACUAUCGCUGUUGAAGAUUCUACUACAGAAAAUCCCAUUUCAACUGAAGAUAAUACAGUGUCGACUGAUGAUUCUUCUUCCAUUGCAACAGAAUCCACUAUUAAAAUUGAUUCAACAACUGAAGCACAAGAUACAACAGUAUCUUCAGAAAUUUCUACAGAAGGAGAAUUAUCUUCAUCAACAUUAGAAGCAGAAUCUUCAACAAUAGAACCAGUUUCGUCUUCUUCCACUGAGAAGUCAGCUUCAACAACAGAACAAGCCUCUUCAACUGAAGCAGAAUCUUCAACAAUUGAACCAGUUUCGUCUUCUUCCACCGAUAAGCCAGCUUCAACAACAGAACAAGCCUCAUCAACCGAAGGAGAAUUAUCUUCAUCAACAUUAGAAGCAGAAUCUUCCACAAUUGAACCAGUUUCGUCUUCUUCCACUGAGAAGUUAGCUUCAACAACAGAACAAGCCUCUUCAACUGAAGCAGAAUCUUCAACAAUUGAACCAGUUUCGUCUUCUUCCACCGAGAAGCCAGCUUCAACAACAGAACAAGCCUCAUCAACCGAAGGAGAAUUAUCUUCAUCAACAUUGGAAGCAGAAUCUUCAACAAUUGAACCAGUUUCUUCUUCUUCCACAGAGAAUUCAGCUUCAACAACACAACAAGCCUCAUCAACUGAAAAAGAAUUAUCUUCAUCAACAUUAGAAGCAGAAUCUUCGUCUUCUUCCACUGAGAAACCAGCUUCAACAACAGAACAAGCCUCAUCAACCGAAGGAGAAUUAUCUUCAUCAACAUUGGAAGCAGAAUCUUCCACAAUUGAACCAGUUUCGUCUGCUUCCACUGAUAAGCCUGCUUCAACAACAGAACAAGCCUCUUCAACUGAAGCGGAAUCAUCUUCAUCAACAUUGGAAGUAGAGUCUUCUUCAAUUCCACCUGUUUCAUCUUCCUACACUGAAGAAUCAGAAAUUGUUUCGUCUUCUUCAGAAGCUUCAGUAUCUACUGAAACAUCUUCAGUAACUACUGAAUUGCCAAUUGAAGCCACUACUGAAAAAAUUACACCUCCCGAUUCAUUCUUCGAAUGUUCAAUGGAAGGAUUCUUCCCAGUAGAAUCUAAAUGCAGUGAAUUCCACAUGUGCCAAUAUGAUGGAGAUGGUGCUCUAGUCGCUUUCAAAAUGACCUGCCCAGAAGGUCAGAACUUCAAUCCCUACACACAGUAUUGUGUCAACAAAGCUAGCUAUUCCAAUUGUGAAGCACGAAAUUUCCGAAGGGGUUUAAAGAAUUUCCAAUGCCCUAGCGAAGGACUCUACGCACAUAAACGGGAUUGUUCACUUUUCUACAAUUGUUCCUUGAAUUUGGAAAGGACGAAAUUUUUGGUGUCUCUUCGACGUUGUCCACGUGGCCAGAUCUUCAGUUUGUCAACCAAUACUUGCACACAUGGAACAGCAUUCUCUUGCUUAUGGCGCCCAAUUAACUAUUAAGAAAACAAUGUUUCUUUUUACGAAUUAUUUUAAGGAUAAA